GAGAGGCGUGGCCGUAAAGAGGCACCGCCGUGUCGCGAAAGGGGCCGCAACGCUCGGGGCGCUGGUUGACGGCUGGGACUCCAUUUUGUUCGCGGCUUCUCUGCUCCCGACGUCGAUAGCGCGGUUCCGGAGAGGCGGGGAGGAUGCGGCCCUUGGACGUCGUCGAGCUGGCGGAGCCGGAGGAGGUGGAGGUGCUGGAGCCCGAGGAGGACUUCGAGCAGUUCCUGCUGCCCGUCAUCCACGAGAUGCGGGAGGACAUCGCGGCGCUGACCCGCGAGCGCGGCCGCGCGCACGUGCGGAACCGGAGCAAGCUGUGGGAGAUGGACCAUAUGCUCGUCCAGAUCAAGACGCAGGUGGAGGCCUCGGAGGAGAGCGCCCUGAACCAUCUCCAGAAUCCCGACGACGGGGUCGAGGGCAGGGGGACCACACGGUGCGAGAAGGCGGAGGAGAAGGCCAAGGAGAUCGCGAAGAUGGCAGAGAUGCUGGUGGAGCUGGUGCGGCGGAUAGAGAGAAGCGAAUCGUCGUGAAGGAGGGCGGGCGGUUUGCAGCCAAGGGAUUCUGGUCAACUGAUGGAGAUUGGCGGACGUCCUUGGGAAGCUGAAACCGGAGAGCCUUUUGUUUUCUCUCUCUCUGUCUCUCUCUCGUUUUUUUUUCCCCUCCUCUGUCUACACUCUGUCCUGACUUACACUACGUUUCUGCAAUGGUCUGCGGUUGAUGACCUCAAUAUACGUUUUGACUGUUCAGUGUUUUUGUUUGGGAAUGUAACUUUGACCUGGAAGAUGCUCUCACACGAGAAUUGGGGCCUAGAUUGUAAGCUGGUGCAGCAGUCACGUUUGUGCCUGGGCUUUGGUUAUUUCCAACUUGUGAGGUGCUCUGCACUUUCUUGCGUGACUUGAAAGCUCCCGGGAACUUUGAGUCUGUGUCGUGUGAGACGCAAGCCUUGGAGUUUCCCAGCUCUGGAGAUGCCGAAGGCGCUGCGUUGUUCCCAGAAGAGGACUUCCUAUGGGAACCGCUGCAGAAGCUCAAGGAGGGACCAGACUUGGACGGAAUGUGAAUGGGGCUGAUCUGGCUAGGACUGGAUGAAUGAGACGACGGGGUGGAGGAGGGUGCUGUUUGUAUUUGGGGACUUUAAUUUCUGUGUGAGACCAAAGGAGAAGAGAUGUAUUUUGUUCAAAAUUUAAAUUUUACGUGGCACGCUGUGGGAUGUAACCUGUCUGGUCAGCCUGUUUGGACAACCCGACUCCGCCUUGUUUGACGAGGAACCUAGACUAGACAAGAUCUUGGCAUUCUGUGCAAGCUGUGUAAUGCCCUGGUGCAUCUCAGGGGAUUCUGGGUAGGAUAUGGAAGAGAUACCUGCAGAGGCUCUUGAGGGGCCAGAAGGGAGAGGAGGACUGUCUGCAUCGGACCCUACACUGGACAGGGACUGGGUAUUUUUGAAGUUCGUAAGUUGUCCUGCUAUUUGUUCAUUUGAUUAGCAGACCUGACAGGCAUUUGAGGUCAAAACCCUACCAUGUGUAAUAAAAAGGAAAAAAAAAAAGUGACCAUGUUAAUAAAAGUAUUCAUUUGCUUGAAAAGACGAAA